AUGCAACAUCUCCUUUUCUCAGCGCUAGCUUUAAGCGCCACCGUUCACGCCUAUGGUUCGGGAAGUGCUGGCUGGGAUUCAGCUUACUCAAGAGCCAGAGCAGCUCUGCAAAAGCUGAACCAGACUGAGAAAGUUGGCAUUGUCACCGGCGUGACCUGGGAGGGAGGGCCUUGCGUGGGCAAUACCUAUGCUCCCAGCUCAAUUGACUAUCCUUCUUUGUGCCUCCAAGACUCUCCUUUGGGUAUUCGCUUUGCCAACCCGGUAACAGCAUUCCCGGCAGGGAUCAACGCAGGGGCAACAUGGGACCGUAGUCUUCUGUAUGCACGCGGUGCUGCGAUGGGCGCAGAGGCGAAAGGUCUCGGUGUCCAUGUGCAACUAGGUCCAGUAGCUGGACCUCUGGGCAAGAAUCCCAAUGGUGGUAGAAACUGGGAAGGAUUCUCGGUUGACCCGUAUCUCAGUGGUGUCGCCAUGGAAGAGACAAUCCAAGGCAUGCAGGACUCGGGUGUUCAAGCCUGUGCCAAGCACUGGCUUGGCAACGAGCAAGAGCAUAACCGGGAUACCAUUAGCUCCAACAUUGGUGAUCGGGCCGCGCACGAGCUAUACGUAUGGCCGUUUAUGAACGCUGUCAAGGCCAAUGUCGCGUCAGUGAUGUGCUCUUAUAACAAGGUCAACGAGACCUGGGCCUGCGAGAGCGAUGCCAUCCUAAAUGAGCUCAUGAAGAAGGAGCUCGGAUUCCCUGGAUAUGUGGUAAGCGACUGGAAUGCGCAGCACAGUACCGUCAAUAGCGCAUUAGUCGGUCUUGACAUGACCAUGCCUGGCAGUGACUUCAACUCUCCACCCGGCAGCAUCUUCUGGGGAUCAAAUCUAGCCAAAGCUGUGGCCGACGGCUCGGUCCCACAAGCCCGCCUCGACAACAUGGUUACUCGUAUUUUGGCUGCUUGGUAUCUCCUUGGCCAGGACCAGGGCUACCCAAAGGUCUCGUUUAGCUCCUGGGAUGGUGGCAAAGCGACUGUUGAUGUGACGGGGGAUCAUGCCAGCGUUGUUCGCACUGUCGCCCGUGACUCUAUCGUUCUUUUAAAAAAUGCGGGCGACGCUCUACCCCUUCGACGACCCAAGAGCCUGGCCAUCAUUGGAGAGGAUGCUGCUGUUAACCCGGAUGGACCCAACGCAUGCAGUGAUCGAGGCUGCAACAACGGCACAUUAGCUAUGGGAUGGGGCAGUGGCACCGCGCAGUUCCCGUAUCUCGUCGCGCCUCUCGAUGCAAUUCAAGUUCAGGCCAAGAAGGACGGCACAAAGAUUAUUCAGAGCACCACCGAUAGCACUUCCGAUGCAGCCUCCGCUGCAGCUGCGGCCGAGACUGCCGUGGUCUUCAUCAAUUCAGAUGCAGGUGAAGGGUACAUCACAGUUGAGGGCAAUGCCGGAGACAGAAACAACCUUGACCCUUGGCACAAUGGAAAUGAGCUCGUCAAGUCUGUCGCAGCUGUCAACAAACAUGUAAUCGUUGUUGUCCACAGUGUUGGUCCAGUGACACUGGAGACAAUCCUGGCACUGCCGUCCGUGAAGGCAAUUGUCUGGGCAGGACUACCAGGCCAGGAAAGCGGAAAUGCGUUGGUAGACGUGCUGUACGGAACCGUCUCCCCAAGCGGCAAGCUUCCUUACACGAUCGCCAAAGCCGCCGGAGACUACGGAGCAACCUGGAAUGACGCACAAGUUGAUGACUUCACUGAGGGCCUGUUCAUUGACUACCGUCAUUUCGACCAGAAUGGGAUCACUCCUCGCUACGAGUUUGGAUACGGCUUGUCUUACACAAAGUUUGACUACACCGGAAUUGCAGUUGAUGUACACGCCAGAGCGGGACCGUCAACUGGCAAGGUCAUUCCGGGAGGCCCAGCAGAUCUAUUCAAGUCUGUCGGCACAAUUUCUACUACUGUGCGCAAUACAGGUAAGGUAGCUGGUGCUGAGAUUGCACAGCUUUACAUCGGCCUGCCAAACUCGGCACCGAGUACUCCGCCCAAGCAACUUCGCGGGUUCCAGAAACUCAGGCUUGAGCCGAAACAAUCGAGCAGAGCCAUUUUCGAGCUCACCCGGCGUGAUCUCAGUUACUGGGAUGUGACGACGCAGAAAUGGGUUGUCCCUACCGGCAAAUUCAGCAUUUACGUUGGUAGUUCCAGUCGUGAUAUUCGUCAGCAUGGCUCGUUCACUGUCGGAAAUUCAUGGGGUAACUGA